AUGGCGGAAAUCCUCGGCGCGGUCGCCAGCGGCAUCGCCAUUGCCCAAAUCACCGGCACAGCUGGCGGCGCAGUCCUGAAACUCAAGAAGCUGUGGUCCGAGGUCAAGAAUGUCCCCGAAACCAUCACUGACCUUAUGGAGCAGAUCGACUGCCUUGAUCCGGCACUCUGGGAAGCUGAGCAGCAGUUCAGCCAGACCCAGUUGCCUCCUCAGCUGUGGAAUGACGUCGCGGCGGUGCGCAGUGCAGAAUGCUGUCGCAAGGCUCUAGCCAAGCUGUCCGAAGUCGUGCUUAACUUGUCGCUGAAGAUCAAGGCCCAAGGACGAGUCAAGAGAGGGUUCUCUCGUGCAAAGGUCGCGCUCAAGGAGGAUGAGCUGGACUCACUUCAGCGCCGUUUGGGGAUCGCUGCCAGAAUGCUUCAGUCAGCUCAAAUGGGCUACAUUAUAACGCUUGUCAAAUUGCAGCCCAAUAUCAUAGCUCUCAAAGUUGCCUCUCAACUGGAGAGUAGCCAUCGCCCACUGACUCUUGACAAAGUCGGGCAAGACGAAGAAGAGAGAAACGGCAAUCAGCACAAACGCACUAGGGACAGAGCAGAUACCGAGAACCAAGCCGUCACGCUUCGUCGUGCGAACGGAAAUCCGAUGAAAAGAUGGAAGAGGCCUCCUAUUCUGGGCCGGUGGAGAGUUGAGGCCACCUCAGACGGCGUCGACAAGUCGUAUGCUGGUUGGAAACUCCACUUGCGCGGCUAUUAUGUUAGGCCAAGCGGUUCACCUGUUUUCCAGGCAGCAAAGUAUGGACGGGUGGACGAACUUCAAGCAAUGUUUGCCGGAGGUAAAGCAUCACCAUUCGACCGGGACGAAGAUGGGUGGGGUGUGUGUUGCAUAGGGGUUGCGGUCGAGACUUUCAACUAUCUCCUCCAGCUAGGUCUUGACGUUGAUGGCCUGGAUCGGUUUGGUAGGUAUGUACCUCAGGCAGAAACGCCUCUUCGAACUCGAAUCAAAAGGCUGUGUUAUCUGGCACGUUUUGUCUCCCUUUCAAUCACUCAGCGCUGGGUGUUCGCCCUCAGUCCCGACUGGGAACGUGAUCCCUACGCAGUUUGCAAUUUCUUCGACGAACAGGUUCCACCCCUGAUACACAUGGUUGUCGAUGCUGUCGUCGUGGAGUGCACAGACGCCAGCUACGGGCGUCGAGGACUGGGUGAAGAUGCUACUGACGGUUGGUUUAGCUUCGCAAUACAGGUCAUCCAGAGCACACAAGAUCUUCAUAUUCUCGGCCGUCAGAAUGGCUAUAACCCGUGCAAGCUCACAGCGCUAGUGCUGUUGCUUGUGCGGGCUUCAACAGAAAACGAAGAGACCCAAGCACACGGUCACAUGGAGGACAUGUUGCGUACUUGGCUUCGACUUUUGAAUGAUGCUGGUGUCGACCUUGCUCUGUACGGCCACCGGGAGAAGCAGCUGCUCCGGACAAACUCGGACAUCCUCCGGAACUUUAGGAGUGGGCAUUGCAGUGUCAGGAAUCCCAGCAGCUGGCUGCCAGGAAAGUCCUUGAUAGCUACCGAGCGCUCAUUGGUCUCAAGGUCGGACCCAAAGUUGAGGACUGGGGUCCGGCACCAAAUUCCGACUGAGAAGCCCGGGCCAGCCCACCGGACCGCGUCGACUUCUGCCGGCAGCGCAGGUAUUACAUGGCGGAACUACCGCAUGUGGCGAGUCGACGAAGGGGGCGAUGAGAGGCCCACCCCUAUAAUAUUUAGAUGGCACCAGAUUACUCCUCCCUGCCUGGCCUACCUCCAACCGCCUCCAUCUCACUACUGCCAGACCCAUCGUGACCAAGUUCCAACUACCGUGAAGAUGAAGUGGCUCAUCGCAGGAGCUUUCGCUCUCGCCGCCCCCGUCCACGCAGGCCUCCGUUUUCAAUGUUCAACCUUGACAAUCCAACGCCUCGACCCAGUGGUCCAGCCCGGCGCCGUCCCCGCCGCGCAUGUGCACCACAUCGUGGGCGGCAACGCCUUCAACGCGACGACCAUGCUGGGCGACGUGAGUUCGCGGGCCACCUGCACGACGUGCGAAAUGGCCGAGAAUUUCUCAAACUACUGGACGGCGGCCCUGUACUUCAAACAUCCCACCAACGGCUCCUACCACCGCGUGCCCGGUGGACUUACUGUCUACUAUACCCAGUUCGACCUGUCCCAGGACAACAUCCAGCAGCAGCCCGUCAAGUCUUUCCAGCCCGGCUUCCGUAUGACGGUGGGCAGCCCAACUACAACCGGUGCUCCACGAAUCGGGCUACGUUACCAGUGUCUGUCAAGCGACGGUGGUCGAGGCCAGGAGAUGCCUGAUUUCCCUACUACACCAUGCGCAGGAGGUAUCUUUGUCACCCAGCACUUCCCCGCAUGCUGGGAUGGUGUGAACCUCGACAGCCCAGACCAUCAAUCACACAUGUACAACACCAUCCAAUCCGACGGUUUCGUAAACGCCGCAGCAUGCCCCUCCUCUCAUCCCGUGCGGGUGCCGCAGGUCGCGUUCGAGACCGUCUGGGACACCUCGGGACUCAACAGCAUGUGGUCCUCCGGGGCUCCCAACCCGUACGUAUGGAGCUUCGAAGGCGCCACCGGUGUCAACGGGCCCGGGACCCACGCCGACUACAUGUUUGGCUGGAAGGGCGAUGCGCUCCAGCGCGCUAUGAACCAGUCGGAGUGUUUCUAUGAUGGCUGCGGUUCCAUCCAGAAGCAGCAGAUGUCGGCUGCUGCUGAGUGCACUAUCCCGCUGACGAUUACAGAGCCGACGGACGGGUGGCUCACGGAACUACCGGGGGUGUCGGGGAUGUGA